CUUGUUCCACCGCCCUUCAUGACACCGCCGCCGCUGUACCCUCCGCCGCCGAUCGUGCCUCCUUCGCCGCCGAGCCACCCUCCCUCGCCGCCCGGGCCCGAGGCCACCGCGCUCGACAUCUCCCUCAUCGUCGCCGUCCUCCUCGCGGCGCUGCUGCUGCAGCAGGCGCUCAAGUCGACCCGCAUCGCGUCGCAAGUGGUGACCGGCUCCGGCCUGUGCAUGCUCCUCGGCGCUGGCGUCAACCUCCUCCUCUUCUUCUUCUCUCAGCAGAGCGCCGACCUGCUGCCGGUCGCCGGCCAGCUAUCGCUCGACACCGAGGCCUCCGGCUCACUCGCGCACGACGUCAUCUACUUUGGCCUGCUGCCGCCCAUCAUCUUUGAGGCGGGCUUCCACAUGCGCAAACGGACCUUCUUUGCAAACUUCUUCACCAUUGCGGGCUACGCCGUCGGCGGCACGCUCAUCGCGCUGCUCACGACCGGCUCCCUCGUCUACCUCCUCUCCUCCGCCUCUGCCACCUCGACCCGCUUCACGCUGGCGCAGGCGAUGGUCUUUGGCUCGCUCAUCUCAUCCACAGACCCCGUCGCCACCCUCGGCAUCCUCAAGCACGUGCGCGCCGCGCCGCUCCUGCACGACCUCAUCUUUGGCGAGUCGGCGCUCAACGAUGCCCUCUCGAUCGUCCUCUUCAACGUGUUCUUCGCGUACACAAAGUCGCCGCUCGCCGACCAGUCCGACGCGGGCGUCGCGCGCGCGAUCGGGUGGGUGCUCACCGACGUGCUGCGCGCGCUGGCCGGCUCCGUCUCGCUCGGCCUCGCCCUCGCUCUCGCGUGCGCGUACCUCACGCGCCGGCUCAAGGCGCUGCACGGCACGCCGCGCGCCGCUUCGCAUGCGCUCGAGCUCGCGUUGCUGCUCGGCUUUGCGCUGCUCGCCUUCACCUUCUCGGAGCGGUGCGGCGUGUCGGGCGUCAUGGCGCUCUUCUUCUGCGCCGUGGCGAUGCGGCACUACACGUACUACAACCUGAGCAAGGUUGCGCAGCACUCCGCGUCGGUCCUCUUCACCACCCUCUCCGAGGUGUCCGAGGCGUCGCUCGCCGUCCUCCUCGGCGUCGCGGCGGUCGACUACGUCGUCAAGGGCCUCCAAGCUGACGACGCGCCGCCCGCCCACACCCACGGCGGCAUCAUCCAGACCUUCAGCAUCUGGGACCUGCCCCUACUCGCGCUGGGCGUGCCCAUCCUGCUGCUCGCGCGCGCGCUCAACGUCUUCUCCAUCUCGGCGCUCGCCAACCUCGGCCGGCCGCCGCAUCUCCGCAUCUCGCUGCGGAUGCAGGUGGUGAUGUGGUUCGCGGGCAUGCGUGGC